ACAAUAUUAGCAAAUCAAAUAAUAACAAAUUAUUUUCAUUUAAUAAUGGAUAAUUCUCUUCAUUAUAUUGAGUUAUCCAAAAAUCCAAUACGUUUCGAUUCCGUAAAUCAAUUAACUAAUGUUUUUUUUGAUGAUUCUAAUAAACAGAUUUUCGCUGUGCGUAGUGGAGGAGCUACUGGUGUUGUAGUCAAAGGCCCAACCGAAGAUGCUGUUAUAUCGUUUUGUAUGACUGAUCGUGGUACCAUACGUUUCAUAAAAUUUUCACCAGACAACGAAGUGCUUGCAGUACAAAGACUUGAAAAUGCUGUGGAAUUUAUAUGUUUUCAAGCCGGACAACCAAUGUUACAAGAAGUCAUAGUGCAUCAAACUAAAUCAAUUAUUUUUGGUUUUGUUUGGGUUCAUAACCGUGACAUCGUGAUUAUAUCUAAUGGAGGCAUUGAGAUCUUUAAUAUUGUAGUGGAAAAGCGGCAAAUGCGUUCUGUAAAAGCAUUAAGUAUGUCAAUCAAAUGGUUUGCUUGGUGUUCAGAAGCAAAUAUAGCGUUAAUUUGCUCCGCUGAAAAUAACACAUUAAUGCCAGUAUUGUUGAAAAAGAAAACAAUAACUAAAUUACCAAAAUUAGACCUUGGAAACGUUAACCGAGAAGUGGAAGUAAGUCAAGUGACACUUGCCCAAGUGUAUGGCAUGCUAGCUGUCUUGAUAUUAAAUGCUAGUAGUACGAGCAUGAUGGAAGUGGAAGUAUAUUUACUAAAUGGACCUGGAUUAGCACCAAGAAAAUGUCACAUAUUACGUUUGGGUUGCAUUGGAUGUUUUGCUAUAAAUACUGUCGACAAUUUAAUUGUAGUGCAUCAUCAGGCUUCCGCAACAUCAUUACUGUUUGAUAUCGCUUUAAGUGGAAAUGUCAUAAAUGAAAUUACUUACCAUACACCUAUUACGCCUGCUAGAUCGAUACAUCCAUUUGGUCUCAAACUUCCUAGUCUCUCAUUAGAAGGAAAAAUUUUGCAGUGUGAAUUAUAUUCCAUAAAUUGGGUGCUUUUUCAACCGAAUAUUGUGAUUGACGCUGAACUGGGUUGUAUGUGGUUUUUGAAUCUCUGCCUGGAUCCACUUUGUAUCUUGAUAACCGAUCGCAUCAGGUUGACAGAGUUCUUACUACAGCGCAGUAAUGGUAAACAAAUUUUACUUAAAGUUAUUAAAGAACUUGUCGACGAAGAGUAUAGUGGCACUUUACUACCAGUGCUUGAAACUAUUUUCAACAAAAUAAACAAAGUCUAUGCUCAGUGGGUUCAUUUGGAACUACAAAGCCAAACUGCUCAACCAUCAAAUAUUAAAGCAAUACCAAAACCACCUGCACCACCAAAAGUUUUAAUCGAACAAAUUGAUAUGUAUACAAAUGUAUUCCAACCAAUCGCAGAACGUCCACAAACCGAAACUAUACUCAUGAUUUACUUGCAAUCAUUGAUUGCACAUAACAUCGCUGCACAGGAAGAUAUCAGUAAAAUGAUUAUAAUGGAAUUGAUACGCAAGCAAGACUUUGAUACACUGCGACGUCUCGUCAGCUAUUCGUUGCUGCAGGAAUCAAAGGAAAUCGGCUGUUUUCUACUUUCUCAUUCCAAUGUGGACAAUGCAAUAUUUCAAGUUGCCUUGGAUAUGCUGUCGAAAAUUAAAGCUACUGAGAUUAUAAUAGAAGUGCUACUUGGAGAAGGUAAAGUGCUUGAUGCGCUUAGAAUAGCGAAACAAGCUAAUCCUGGAACUACUAUCUCAGCGCGAAAAUAUUUGGAAGCCGCGCAAAAAACCAAACAACCUACUGUCUUCUACAGCAUCUUUCAGUACUUUCAAAAACGAAAUACGCAAGUGCGUGGAAGUCCCGACUUCUUACCAACUGAGCAGUGUUCAGAAUUUGUGCAGUAUUAUAACGAACAAUUUGUUUCUGAGACUGCGGAAAACAGGAAUACGUAGUAGUUAUAGUUUGAUAGCUUCGAAUUGGUUAAAUUAAAGUUAAUGUUUUAUUAUAUAUAAUUUUAUUUGUAUAUAUAUACAUACAUAAUUCUCAGAAAAAAUAUUAGACAUAAAUUAUUUGAUCACAAACUAUAAGUUUAACAGAUACGAUCU